GCGAUUUCAGGAGGCAAGGAUAGGAAGGAGGGGGGGAUUUUUGAACCCUACAGAGUUUCUGAUCUAGGAAUUCAGGCUUCGGUGAAAUCAAAUUGACUUCAGUGACUAUUGAGGUGGUUUUUUAUAGAGAAAAUAAUGAAUAAAGGAGGAGGAAGUGGGCCUACAGCGGCGGCAACAGCUACAGCAGCUCAGAAGCAGAAGACUUUGAUGCAAAGAGUUGAAACCGAUAUUGCUAAUAUCGUUGACAAUUUCAGCCAACUUGUCAAUGCUGCCAGGGUGAAUGACCCACCUGUUAGAAAUUCACAAGAGGCUUUCAUGAUGGAGAUGCGUGCAUCCAGAAUGGUUCAAGCUGCUGACUCUUUACUUAAGUUGGUCUCUGAGCUAAAACAAACUGCAAUCUUCUCAGGAUUUGCGUCUCUUAAUGACCAUGUAGAACAAAGAACAAAUGAGUUUAACCAACAUGCAGAGAAAACGGAUCGUAUUAUGGCUAGAAUUGGAGAGGAGGCAGCGGCUAAUCUUAAAGAGCUUGAAGCACAUUAUUAUUCUUCUGCCCAGAGAAGCUUAAUUUAGGCAUUAUGAGUUAGGGCCUUGGGAAAAGUAGGAUUUUAUAUUGCUUUAGUUUUACCAUAGAUUUGUGGAAGCAGAAACUCCAAGUAUCUAGUUUUCAAAUUAAAUUGUGUUUUUAACAAUUGAGAUUCUAUUGCAUUAACUAAAUUGUAUUUAUAUGUUAAUAUCCAUUAUAGUAAUGCAAAAUGAGUUAAGCAAUAUGGAUUGCUCACAGCGAAGAAUCCAUUUUA